CAGUUUAGUAAAAAAUAGGCGCAUCAAAUACGACAUCCAAAUGAUUAAAAAAAUCAUUAUAUUGGGUGUGUGCAGCAUCCUAUGCAGUGUUUCCGCUUCAAAUGUUUGCGUAGAUGCAGGAUUGGGUACCACCGAUGGAUUCCUCACUCAUCCGACGAAUUGUUCAAUGUACAUCAGUUGCUAUGGAGGAUAUCCAUACGAAGUAACGUGCCCGGAUGGAUUCAACUUUAAUCCCGAGGCAUUGAAAUGUGAUCCAAAGUAUGUGUGUCUGGAGAAUAAUUGCCCUCUGACGGGAGUAGUUCGGCUACCGGUUGAUGGCGUUUGUGAUCAAUACGUCCUUUGCAUAGGAGGUAAAGCCUAUCUUAGGGAUUGUGGAGAUGGUCUAGCUUUCAAUGCUACCCUGGGAAUGUGUGUAGAUGCUAGUGAAUCUGGUUGUGUUACAAACGAAUGCGACAAAUCUCAGGGUCAUCCACAGGGCUUCGUAGAUCCAUUUAAUUGUACUGUAUUCUAUAUAUGCGACGAGAAUUUCGAUCCGAUUAGAUUUGAGUGCCCAAAUGGAACAGUAUUCGACCAGGACUUGCUGGAUUGCGUGAAGGGGGAAUGUUCGAGCACAACCACAUCGGAUGAUUCUACAACUACGACUGCUGCUGCCGAUACUACAACAACUACUACUGCUGCUGACACUACUACAACAACUACUGCUGCUGAUACUACGACCACAACUACUGCUGCUACUACUACUACUACUGAUACUACUGCCACAGAAGAACCGACUACUGAAGAAGCCGCUUUUUAGCAGGACACUGGAUCAGCAAUAUCACUCGACUCAAGCAUUUAUUUCUCUAACUGGAGCCAAUACUUUCAUUUAGUGCCUAGAGCAAUAGGAUGUAGUGAAAUGAUAACGCAAAUAUAAGGACAAUAAUGUCUAAUUUUAAUUGCUGGACAACUUUA